GGCGACUGUUUCGUCAUUUCCGUCAUAUUCAACAUGGAGUCUAGCGGUGUGAAGCUAAAUUUCUGGGAGAACGGACCAAAACCUGGACAGUUUUUCUCCUUUCCUGGUACCAGCAGCCACGGGUCCGCUACAUCAUGUGGUCCGGUUAGACACACACUUAACCCGAUGGUAACUGGUACAUCGGUGCUUGGUGUGAAGUUCACAGGUGGGGUUAUCAUUGCUGCUGACAUGUUGGGCUCUUAUGGCUCCCUGGCUCGGUUCAGGAACAUUUCCCGUCUCAUGAAGGUGAACAACAACACCAUUCUGGGAGCAUCAGGGGACUAUGCUGAUUAUCAGUACCUGAAACAGGUCAUCGAACAGAUGGUUAUCGAUGAGGAGCUGCUCGGAGAUGGCCACAGCUAUAGUCCAAAGGCCAUCCACUCCUGGCUGACCAGAGUGAUGUACAACCGUCGCAGCAAGAUGAAUCCUCUGUGGAACACUGUGGUCAUCGGAGGUUUCUACAAUGGGGAGAGUUUCCUGGGUUAUGUGGACAAGCUGGGCGUUGCUUAUGAGGCUCCCACAGUGGCCACUGGUUUUGGGGCGUACCUGGCUCAGCCUCUGAUGAGAGAGGUGGUGGAGAACAAGGCGGAGAUCACCAAACAGGAGGCUCGGGAUCUGGUGGAACGCUGCCUCAAAGUGCUGUACUACAGAGACGCUCGCUCCUACAACAGGCAUGAGAUUGCUAUCGUGACCGAGGAGGGUGUGGAAAUCAUUGGUCCGCUGUCGUCGGAAACCAACUGGGACAUCGCUCAUUUGGUCAGCGGGUUUGAAUGAAGAUGAGCUGGAACCAUUUCCUUGCUACAUCAAGGAUAACAUCCCACCAUUAAACCUCUAUCUAUCCCAGUUUAGUUUUUUCUGUUUAUGGUCACUUUUGUAUAAUGGAAAAUAAAUACAAUAAAUAAAUAAAAAAAACA